UGGUAUUAUGCUGUAUCGCUGUAGUUUGCUUUAUGCGAAUACGCACUGGCGGCAUCUAAAGUAAUACAGAAACUGUUCAGAAUGGCGACCAUGGCGUCGUUUCAGAAUAAGCUAGCUGAUCUGCAAGCUAGACUUCGUGCGGAAAAUGACGCUAAGAAAAAGGACAAACUACCUCGUGAUCUCAACUUGAACUUUUCAAGCCCCCAGCACACGCCACGAUCCCGGCCCAAGCCUUUCCAGCUGAAUGAGAUGGCAGCACCUAGCAGACCUGUGAAGCAGUUUUCUCUGCCUACAUCAAGUCCAAUAAUUACACGACAAGAUAGUGGGGGGGAUUCUGAAAGCAAGCUGAAGGAGAUCCUGAAAGCUGGAAAUGUGCUCACCAUUGGUGGUCAACAGCAUCGGGUUGAGAUGGCUGACCUGGAGAAGCUUUGUGACCUGGGAUCAGGUACAUGUGGCCACGUGGUCAAAAUGCGCCACCGGCCCACAGGCAAAGUGCUGGCUGUCAAGCAGAUGCGGCGUUCAGGAAAUCGUGAGGAGAACAAGCGUAUCACCAUGGAUCUUGAGGCAAUCCUACGUUGCCGGGACUGUCCACACAUUGUUCAGUGUCUGGGAUACUUGAUUACUGAAGGUGAAGUGUGGAUCUGCAUGGAGCUCAUGGAGACAUGCCUUGACAAGCUGCUGAAGCGCCUCAGGCCACAUGCACUGCCUGAGGAUAUCCUUGGAAAGACUGCCCUUGGAGUACUUCGCGCCCUCCACUAUCUCAAGGAAAGCCAUGACCUGAUCCACCGAGAUGUGAAGCCGUCCAAUGUUCUACUUGACAGACAAGGUCGCGUUCGUCUUUGCGAUUUUGGCAUUAGUGGCCGCCUGGUGGACUCCAAGGCCCGCACACGCUCUGCCGGUUGUGCGGCGUACAUGGCUGUUGAGCUUGCCACUGGCCAGUUUCCUUAUCAGGAUUGUAAAACUGACUUUGAAGUUCUAAGCAGAGUCCUUCAGGAUGAGCCCCCUUCUUUGCCUGAUGAUGGCACUUUUUCAUCGGAGUUCUGCUCCUUUGUCAGGCAAUGCCUCACAAAAGACUACAACAAGAGGCCAAAGUACAAGAAACUUCUGGAACAUCCCUUCAUAAAGCGGUAUGAAACGAAAGAGGUGGAUGUAGCAGCAUGGCUAGCCAGAGUGAUGGACAACUCCCAAGAUGGCCAGUGAAAAGAGGCGGCUUAUGCAGACUCCCAUGGAAGCAGCAAGCAGAUGCCAAAUCGAAUGCUUGGUUUAGUUUCCAACCAGCAGCGGCUUUGCCCUCACAUGUCGACAUGUUUUUUUCAUGCGACUGAGCAGGAUGGCACAACACCAGAGUGUAGGAUCCACAUAAGAGGCUGGCAGGUCAUGCCCAUUUUUCAUAGCUGCCCAUCUUGGUGUCGCAGUGUGGAGCAAGGUAUGUAGGAUGCAGUGUACACAUGCAGCGACAACUUCGAUGAUGUCUUGCCAGUGUACACCAGAUACCACAAUCUGUGGCAAGUAUCUCACUGGUAUCUCUCUAACUUGUGCCACCCCUCCCCCCUUUGAUUUCACUACCUUUGAUAUCUUUGUGACACUGACACAAAGGUAGAUGGAGAAGGAGUCAAAAUAAGAGGAGACACUGGCCAUGUUUUAGCUGCUUUUUAUAACUGGUCUGCAUUGAAAGCUGUCAGUGCUUUCUGUGUACCUUGCUCCAUGGAAAAAAAAAUGCUUUUGCAUAGGGCCCAGCUUGGCUUGAAGAGCAGCACAGUCAUUUGGAUGCUGCAGUGCCAUUGCAAUGUUACCGAGUACCUCGCUUCUUCUGUUCUGUGUCCUCUGUUCCUGCUUUGAGGCCUAGGAAACACCAUUGGCCACAGAAAACUGCCCACAGGGUUGAAGACCACAGACAGGUACUGUAAAUGCUCCCAGCUGGUAGGAUGAGCUAUGUGUGUUCUGUUUGCCUCUGACAGCCAGUUUCCCAUGCAAAAGGAAGGUUUCUUUGUAAUAUCUUUAGGAAAAGGGUAUUUACUCUGAACAAAGGAAAAUCGACGUGUUGUGCACAAGUCUGAUAUUUGGCAGCAGGCACAAUGGGCAUUGCAGGACUACAUCACAGUAUGCAGAGUAUGGUUCUCAUUUUUAUGAGCUGAGAGUUAUGAGGCUGUGCCAGUUUCUUGGUUUUUCAACUGCCAAGGACUGUACUAUAAGGCAAUUUUUUAAAGCAAGUGGGGAGUUCAGGUUUUUACAAAUUGACGUGUUUUUAUAGUGUAUAGCGCCAUUUUGUACAUAUAUAUAUAUAUAUAAUAUGUGUCUGUCUGUCUGUCUUUAGUGUGUAUUAUAAACAUUUUAAUGCUGCUGAUUUUCAGUGAGCUGAAGUGGAACGUAUCUUGUAAUGCUUUUUAGUCCUUACUGUAAAAUUUAAGCUUGCUGUGUGCUACUAACGCAGUAUCUGUAUGUCCAUGCAGCCACCCUGCUCAGAUAGUAAACAUGCAAAUGCAAUCCUACUUUAUAUGGCCACUAAAGUGGCUUUGCAUUAGGACCUUGUUUCAAUGCAUUUAUUUUUUUGUAAAUGCUCAUGAAAGCAGCCUGGUGCAUGGUCCUUGGAACUUCUUAUUAAUGCCAAGCAUUAGUUUGUAAGUGCAAUGUCCUUUUUGCUAGUUGCUCACUAUUUACAAAAAAGAGUUCUUUCCUUUUGACUUUUUGCUUUUUAUUCGACUGCUUUUAUUGAGCACAAGCAUUAGAUCAUUCUGCCCACAGCAUUGUUUGUUACUGAGGCUUCUGUUCUUUUCAAAAAUUGUCUAUAAGGAAAAUGUCACAGUUGCAUAAAAUUUUUUUAGCCCUAAAGUAUAAUUUGCUCAUUGCACAAAGACCUGGUGCUUGGUUUGCUUUCCCUGUGACACCUGCAUAAAUGCUUGAAUGCAUGUAGAAAUUACUUAUUUCUUACACAGUACAUAAAAUUAGUGCGGCUCUGUUACUGAGCAGAGUACUGGAAAGAUUUCCACCACAGGUCGUUUGUCGGAGUACGGCUGAAAUCUACCAGUAUCUAUUUUCUUGGCCAGAUAAACCAUUGCACGGUGGAGUUAAACUUCGCUUUUUUUAGAAGCUUUAAUGAGAGCUUUUUACCCUUUAGUUAGUAACUGAAAAGUUGCUGCCCAAGACCGCCCCCCCCCCCCCCCCCCGCCCUCUCUCUUUUUAUAUGUUCGUGUACACUGUCCUUCUACUGGUUAUUUGUUCUGCAUCCAUUAAUGACAGAGUUACUAAGUACUGUUCCAAAUAGAGAAGCACAGUUCAUGGACAUAAUUUGAGUAGGACAUUUCGUGGCAUCUUGUUUGUAUUGUUGUGCUUCUGCUAGUAUUUGUCUUUGGGUCCUGUCAGUAGAUUCAGUUUUUCGUGGUGCAAAAUAUUCCACAUCAAAUUGCAUUUCACUUCACAGGGAUUAUGCUAUGGCUAGUUAAUGCUUGAACUAUAUAGGUGCAUUAGCUGUUCUGUUAAUCUGGUCCUGUGUGCAACUGCAGAUGCCACAUAGGUUAUGCCCGGUAAAUAUUUUUUUCUCCUUGUACCUUGCUUGCCCAGAUAUUCAACACGUCUUUGAAGUUUGUGACAGUUUUUGUUGUCGUAUAUUUAAGUAGGCAUUUUUGUAAAGAUUCAGGCUUUCUCCAACAUGUGUUGCCUCUGCCAGCUCCUUUACACUAUUUAACUAUGUGUGCCUGUUAGACAGGUUUAAGGGUAUACAGUUGUUGCUGUUACAUUACAUGGCUUGGUCUGCCAUUGUGAUAUAGAUGCUUGUGGAGAUGAGACAACUUUUUGUUCACACUCCAAGCUGGUCUUCAACCCUGUGGGAAAUGGUGUACAGCCGUGUUUAUGUAUAAACACAGCGGCUUGUCUCUUGUCUUGUUUGACUAGGCUAGGAUCUUCUCUUGCUCUUGAUGCGUUGUCCUACUUAAGUCACCCCCCCCCCCUAGCCGGCUGCUUCCGUGUUUUUGCUGGGAAGCAGCACGUGCAGAUGUGAUGUACAUAAUGUUUCACAACAGUGUAACCUAUAUAUUGUAGAUGAUUCACAUACUAUUAUGAUGUAAAUAUGAUUGAAUCGUGUGUAAGUAAUCCCUCUCUGUCGCAUGCAAAUGGAAAAGUCUUGUAGAGUAGAGGGGCAACCUGUGUAUGUGUGUGCUUUUUUUUUCCCCCCAUUGUGAAAAUGCGGCUAGUCAGUUUUUCUAUGUUUAUUCACAUGCUGCACUGAGUGAUGGGCAGCAGUCAUUGCUUGACUGCCGCUUUUGUGUGCAGUCAUGCAUACACAACCUCUGGAGACUUAAUUUAGGGUAUGGCUGGGUGCCCAUUGCAUUGCACAGCCUUUAGUUUCCUUUUGUGCCAUCGUUUGUGUGCAGGGGCUGUGAUGCUUUUUUUUACCUCAUUCUUUGUGAUGAGUUAGGCACACUACGGAACUGGGAUUGAGUUGAUGCUUAGUUGAAGUGUCACUAAAGUAUGUAUAGUUAAAAAAUGUGCUUGUAAAGUGGUGUUCAUCUUCAAUGAGGGGACCCUAAAACUGUUUAAUUUUUCUGCAAUGGCUCCAUGUGGCGUAAGUCUCUCCAUUUUUUUAGUGCUGCUCAUGUUGUGGCACUUCAAAAAACUGUAGGUAGUACAAAAGCCACAUUUCUGUCAUACAGGCUGUGUCCAUGCUCCUAGGGGGGCAAAAGUGGCUUUGUUUCACAUGAACGUCUUAGUAGCACGUCUCAAUUAUUGUGGCAUUCAUUACAGCAUAGACAGGCAACAUGAUGCUGCUGAUUCAUAAUUAAUCACAAGCCACCUUAGGUUGAUACAAAAACGCAGUAAAGUGGAACGAGGAGAUAAGUGCUUGCUUAUGGUCUUAAGUGGGUGCAAGAUGUGCACCGCCUUCCGAACUGUUCCAGAGUCCCCUUAACGAAUGCCGGUGUUGUCACACGCUUGUUUGGUGAGCAUUCUCAUCAGCGAGUUGUGUGCGGUAUUUUUUUAUUGAAUGGAAGCAUUGUGCUGCAAAGUAUAUGGGGCAGGGUUAAAAAGCAUUGUGGAUGCAUUGUUUUGGUAUGUAGUAGAUGCACGUGCUCUUCGAGCUGUCAUGUUGCUUUCUUUGUCGCUUCAAAGUGUCUGGUUGUGUUUCUUCUUGUCAAAUUUACGGGUUGUUUCUACUGCUCAUUUUUCGUCAUGCCCAUAGUAAGGAGACACCACAAAACACCAUGGGUGAGGGUGCACUGUUUUGUUGCUUGUUAAGCAAUAUGCAGUGAAUGGCAACUGUUGUUUACAGUCGUGUGCAACUUUAGAAGGCGGUGCCAUUUCCACCUCAAAGGCAGAUGCACCAAUGAGCAUGCGCUGUAGAUGUCGCAAGCCAGACGGUGGUGAGCCCCACCAUCGGAGAACACCACUGAGUGCAUGAGCGGAACUAUUUCUUUAGUCGCGAAGGCAUUCAGCCGCCACUUCGCUCUUCUGGGCAGGGCCUCUCUUGCCUUCUAAAAGCGGUCAUGAACCAGGCCUCAGGCUUGGUGAAAAACAUCCUGCAGAAAGCAAACACUUCUACUAUGAACAGCUCAGCCAGACCUUGCAGUCGUGCGCGGCAAGGAGAGUUUAGAAGCGGAGCACAAUGUUGCCAUUUUGUCUGGCGCCUUCUUAUCAUACAGAGGCCCAUGCUCGCACUGCGGAGCUGCCGGCACCUGCUGUUCUGCGUCAAUCAAAGGAUAGCAUGCUAUUGGCCAAUAGACGACAUAAAGAGCGGCGUUGGGAUAAGAUGCGCCUCUUGUUUGAGGUGCCGCCACGUGUCUGCGCCACGCUCCAUAGUCAUAGCUACACUAGUGCGCACAGGAAUCACAAUGGGGAAGAGUGAUUGCAUUUCAUGACGAGUGCUGGCGUAACUUCUUUCCCCCAUUCCAUCCCUCCCUGCGUAGCUUCCAGUGCGCUCGUCGGGACGAGAAAAGCGCUUAGAGCGUGCAACAAAUCCCUGCAACUCCGCUCGUUCUUGAUGGAUUCGAGAAAUUUUUUAGGAAAUUGAUUUGUGAGUCGACAAACUCUGAUACUGUGGUCAUUAAAUAAUGCAUGUUGUUGGGCGAGUCAGCCGUACAUCAUUAAACUAGGUGCUGCGCAAAAAGAAAAAACAUGGACAAAAAAAAAUAAUGAGGACGGGCGCAGACUCGCGAGUCUGCGCCCGUCCUCAUUAUCUUUCCGUCCAUGUUUCUUUUUUGCGCAGCGCCUUGUUUAAUGACUGAGGUCAUUCAAUGAUUACUUGGAAAAGUGGUUCAGGACUCCUUUAAGUUGCGUCCGACUGUAGUUCAGUAGCCCUCUUCCUUGGCAUGGAAAGCCCACAGGCAUAAAUGCUAAAGUGUACGAGACCAUGCAUGUAAUUCUUUUGACCCUGGCUUUGAUUUUUUAUUAUUUAUUUUAUUCAUGUUGUUGCUGUUAUGGUGAAUGUGAAAAAUGAGAACUGGGCUUCAGUAGUGCUGCCAGGCCUGCGUGUGAUGUGGUUGCUAAAAUGGUGAGGAGAUGAUUUAUUCGCUAAGUGUUCAAAAUGUUGCUACUGCACACACUGUUAAGUGUCAGCAGUGUCCCAUGUACGAUACAGUUCUGGUGCAGGUGAGGCAGUUUGCCUUGCCCACUCUCACAGCACUAUCUUAUGGUUCGAAAUGCACUCGUGCUGCUUUUGACAUGCUGUUCAGGCAAGCUGAUAUAAGCCAUCACUACCGGAAUCUUGCAAUUUAAGCAUUGGUAAAUGUCUCGUAACUGCUCUGCUCUUUAUCCAUCAUGUGGUUGGGUGUCAGUCUGUGUGGCACCUUUUCGUCGGUUUUAUCACAGACUGCAUGCCAUUCAGAUGUUCGUACUGUUUUAAUGUUACCCAGGAAUCUGUUAAAAGGAUACACUAGUCCUGCAGGGAAAUUCUACUAGAAAUUGCAACGUGCUAGUGGCCACAACGUAUUCAUUGUGUCCUGCAUGUGUGUACCAGUGCAUUAUCCCUUGACAGAGCAUGAAAGAACGUGACUGGCAUCAGUGGGUGAACCUGGUGUUUGCAGAUCGUGGGCAGUAAUUAUGUGGUGGUGCCGCUAUUUAUUUUGCAAGCUGUUUCUUUUAUCAAAGUGAUUUACAGAUAUGAUCUUCAAAGGCUGCUGGAGAGUGCAUUUAUUGAGGCUUUUUUUUUUUUAAAUAUGAAUUGGAGAACAAUUGCCUUCUCUACCACUUUUUUUUUUUUCAUCUUUACGUGACUGUCAAGCAGUAUGUGUGACCAGUGUGCAUUGUCAUGAACCAGGGGCAUGAUAUACACAAUCUGUCUCCAUCUGGCAGUGCCAACUGUGAUGCAUUGGGCAUUCUGCCUGCCCUGCUUGCCUGCUGGUUCCCUGUGGCGAAAUCUCGACUGAUAUACGCUAUUGUCGACGAGUGGGGCUCGAUUGUUUUGCAAGAUGCAAAUAAAAGUGGCAUUCUGCUCAUGAA